GCCAAGGUGCUUUGGUACUGCUACUAGCAAAACCUCGUCCUCUCCUUCGCUUCUCCUGUCCUGCUGCAUCCGCCGCCGCCGCUCUCCUGAAUCCCAACGAAUUUUAGCGGCUACCUUGUUGGCUGCAUCCGCCGCCGCUGUUCCUCGCCGCUGCUCGCGCCGCGCGGCGGAAGAGGGGCGGAGGCGGCAAUAAUGAAGAGGCUAUGGCGUCUUCAGGUGGUCCUGUCAUGGGUCCUGGCCGUCGUUCUCGGAUCAGUCCACGGCCAUGUGCGGCGGCAAUGGGGGGAGCAGGUGCCCCGGGAGUCGCGGCCGCACAGCGUCACCAUUACGGAGUUCGGCGCCGUAGGGGAUGGUAGGACCCUGAACACCCUGCCCUUCCAAAACGCCGUCUUCUACGCCCGGUCCUUCGCCGACAAGGGCGGCGCGCAGCUGUACGUCCCCAAGGGUCGAUGGCUCACCGGCAGCUUCAACCUCACCAGCCACCUCACCCUCUUCCUCGAGAAAGAUGCCAUCAUCAUGGGCGCGGAGGAGUCAUCGCAAUGGCCAAUUGUGGAACCUUUGCCAUCUUAUGGCCAGGGACUAGACCUUCCAGGUCCUAGACAUCGUAGCUUAAUAAAUGGAUACAAUUUAACGGAUGUUGUUAUUACUGGGAAUAAUGGACUUAUCGAUGGCCAGGGCUCAGUAUGGUGGAAUUGGCUUCGCUCUCAUGAACUAAAUCAUAGCCGCCCUCAUCUCGUGGAGUUUCUGUAUUCUGAAGAAAUUGUGAUCUCAAACUUGACAUUUUUGAACUCACCAGCCUGGAGCAUACAUCCAAUGUACUGCAGCAAUGUAAAGGUUCAUAACGUCACAAUUAAGACUUUGUUGGAUGCUCCACUCACGGAUGGCAUAGUUCCAGAUUCAUGUUUGAAUGUGUGCAUCGAAGACAGCACCAUUAGUGUCAGUCAUGAAGCCAUCUCAGUGAAAAGUGGGUGGGACAAGUACGGCAUUUCUAUCGGAAGGCCAACCUCGGACAUUCAUAUCAGCAGAGUGGAUCUUCAAGCGUCAUCCGGUGCCGCACUUGCAUUUGGCAGUGAGAUGUCCGGUGGGAUCUCAUGUAUUCAUGUUGAUCACCUAAGGAUACAUGGUUCUGAUAAAGGGUUCUCUUUCAAGACCACCCCUGACCGUGGAGGUUACAUAAAGGAAGUGGUCAUCUCGGAUGUAGAAAUAGAUGGUAUCCGUGUGGCCAUUGAAUUCAUAGGUAAUCUAUCAAGCCAUCCAGAUGAUGAUUUUGAUCCAUCUGAGCUCCCGGUGAUUGAUCAAAUCACCCUAAAGAAUAUGGUGGGAACAAACAUCUCGGUUGCAGGAGUUUUAUCAGGAAUUGACGGUGAUCCAUUUACUGCGAUCUGCCUUUCCAAUCUCAGUUUCUCGAUAACUGAUUCGGCCCAUUCUAGUCCCUGGUCUUGUUCCAAUGUUUCUGGAUACUCGGAAUCAGUCUUCCCUGAGCCUUGCUCGGAACUGUAUGCACCAUUCUCAAAUUCUUCAAUUUGCUUCUCCCUUCCUAGUUACAGUGCCCUUGCCGUGGCAUAGUCACAUAUAUAUUCUUGUGUUCAUCCUUCACUUUUCUUGUCCCAGUCCUUGUACAAUUCAGAAACAUUAAGCCUCCACCACCAUCUUUUUUCUAAAAAAAUUCCCAAUAAAUGCGUCAAGAAGAAUCAUAUCAGGGUACUCUCUUAUGGGGCCUAUGCUCAGACAACAAGAUGCAUAAUGAUCAUGAGGAAGAAUCAAGUGGGGUUGUGGACAGCUAUGUGCUUGCUUGUACAGCUACAUUUCUUCAUUCAAUCUGUAAGAAAAUUUUCUUUUUGGUAGGGCUUGUGUGCACAACAGUUGUCAUUUGGUUAUAAAUUAUCCAACCGUGGUUAAAUUACCUCUGUAUAUUCUAUCUCCCAGUGAGAAUCAGUAAAUCCAAUAAACAACAUCACAUGUUCUC